AUGAAUAAAAUUUUUCUGCUUUUCUUGACAUCCCUAUGGAUGAUUUCCAAUAUUUAUGCAUGUACUACGACAGUUCCUGUGGUCACUGCAGACGACAGCAACAACACAACGGGAAAUAAUACUAUCAAUGCUCGACGAAAACCCUAUGAUCAUGGAUACGGAUACGGAUACGGACACGAACACAGAUACGAGGCAAAAUAUGCGAGACCGGUUUCUUGUUUCUCGUCAGAUACAUUGGUCACAUUAAUCAAUCAACAAAAAAUUCCAAUCUGGAAACUUCGAGUGGGUGAUCAACUUCUUACUCUUUCUAGAACUAAAAUUGUUUCUACUGAAAUGAUGAUGAUGCUUGAUCAAAAUCAACUUUCAUCAGCGAUGUUUUACACUAUUAUAACUGCAUCUGGACAUCAAGUGAGCUUAACAAGUCUUCAUUUGAUAGCAGCAAUUACAUAUGAUGGACAUAUUACCUACAUACCAGCGAAAAAUGUCAAAAAUGGUGAUAAUCUUCGUGUUGUCACAAAUGGACGAGUUUAUUCAUCAUCUGUCAUUGAUAUAAUCAAGGAAAUCAAGUUUGGAUAUUAUGCUCCAUUAUCAAUAACUGGCACAUUACUAGCAAAUAAUGUUGAAGUUAGUUGUUUUUCAAAUAUUAAAAAUCAUGAUAUUGUACAAUUUUAUAUGAGUCCUUUACGUUGGUAUUAUCGAUUAAGUCGAUUAUUGUCAAUUGAACAACCAUUUGGAAAUCAUACUGUUAAUGGAAUACAUUAUGUAGUAUAUAUGUUGCACAAGAUUGCACAAUUCGUUUAUCCAUCUAUCAUUCAAUUAUCCUAA